AUGCCCGAAGAUUCUCGGAAGGGCUCUGUAGAGAGCAUGGCCCAACCGGAUGCUCUGCUGCGCUCCGCCUGUACUGAGUGUCAUCGUCGCAAGCAAAAAUGCAAUCGCCAAUGGCCUUGCAACAAUUGUCAGAAGCGCAAAGUCGCUGACCAGUGUCGUUUCAGGGAUGAUUCCAAAGCUACUUCAGGGGACGAUGCUUGGGCUGCUUCCUUGGAUGUUAAGCGCAAGCGCGAUAUGCAAGGUGAGGAGGGGGACAGUGAUGAUGAUGUCGAUGGCAUUCUGGAAGCGAUUGGCUAUAGUCGUCUUCACCUAUUGACCAAGCUUGAUCAAGACUCAGGGAGCACAAAGCCUUCCGAGCAAUAUUAUCUUGAUCCGAAAGAUAGCGCUCAGCUCCAACGUGCACUAGAUGUGCUGCCGCCGAGACACAUCGUUGACUCCUUGAUCCAAAGCUUUCUCGAUGUCGUCAACUUUUACUACUACAUCGUCUACCCACCACACUUCAGCAAAGAGUAUGCUCGCUGGUGGGAUGACUAUACUAAGGGUCGGCCUUGUGGUGCCCAAUGGACAUGUCUUCUCCUCAUGGUCUGCGCAUGUUCCGUCCAGCACAUCGACAGCCAGACAGGUAGCAGAAUUGAGAGCGAGCUUGGCACAUCUGUCAAAGACUUGACUCAGAAGUAUCACGACGCUGCCAGAGAACUUCACAGCGCUAUUCCUGUAGGAUAUGGCCAUGUGUAUACCGUUCAAUACCUACUGCAUUCGUGCUAUUGGUUUAAAGCCGAGGCACGGUUCGCAGAGUGCUGGCAGGUCCUUGGCGCUGUAGUCCGAGAGGCUCAGAUGAUUAACCUCCACAAGAAGCCCGUGGAUCAAUUGCCGGGAUUUGAGUUGGAAAUGAAGCGACGACUCUGGUGUAUCGUGGAUUCCUGGGACUGGCUCGUCUCAUGUCUGCUCGCCCGCCCGAUGCUCAUCAAUCGUGAAGAAUGUGACGUCGGUUUACCCUGCCUUACACUAGAAGACUACCCAGCUUCGCCUAUGUUGCAUCUCAAGCUCCAGUCUGAACUUGUCGGUCUGAUCUUCAAGCGUUUCGGCGGUCCUAAAAUUCUUACCGAACCCGCUGAUAUUCGCGACUACCAGAAGAUUAUGGAGGACUUUAUGAAGACCUUUCCUCCAGAGUAUGCUAUGGACCAUCCCAAUGGACCUGCUAAUGAGGACCUACCGUGGAUCGCUCUGCACCGUCAUUACAUGCAUACAUGUACUCUCUCCAUCUCACUCGGACCUUUCCGAGGCUACAUGGCGAAGAACAUCAGAGAAUCUACAGCGACCGCCGUGGAUAUCGAGUUCCGAUUAACAGGAAUCGACUACGCGCUUAAACUAAUGGAUGCUGUUCAUCGGUUCUUUGAGUACGUCUGGACUCGAGAUACCACCUUCCACUUCGUCCCCUUCUGUAUCUUCGAUACAGCCGCUCUUCUAUGCUCGGUCAUCAUCCACGCUGAGGAUGGCCGUGUACCACGUCGUGAAGAAGUCACUGGUUCUAUUGCCAGAGCUUUCAUCACGUUGAAGAAGUUGCGAACUGCCACCAACACAGCCAAGGCUCCUUACGAUGUUUUACGACGGUUGAUUAAGAAGCUUCCGUCGUCAUCUGGGAUGCAGGCUGCUGAUCCUUUCAAGAAGCGACGAUAUGAUACUCCUCCCGGUGGUCAAGGAGCCAUUCCUAUUGCUGCGGCUAUGUCGCAGCCAAGUGUUGAGACAAGCCACAUUGCGCCGGCUCCUAUGCCGGUUCCUUCUCAAGUAUCUCCCGCCCAAGCCCACUACCAGCCCUAUGCAAAUCCAGUACCAGCGGCUCCAGGCAGAAUCCAAACCGAAGGACCUUCAUACGUGGCAUAUCCUACCAACAAUGUAGACCCGCGAUAUCAACACUACAUGUACACAGCUGCUCCUCAUAUGCAGACAAUCCCUUCAACAACUGCACCACCAUCUUGGCCUGAGGAGAUCAACAACCGAUCUCACAUGCAGAAUCUCACUGCUGGGCCUCCGCAGGUCGACAUGGGCUUUCAGCAAAUUUCCGACACCGAAUUGGGUGAUCUUGCUAUGUUGUGGAAUUGGGAGAGUUUGGAUCUUGGGUUUACUUCGAAUCCGAUUUAUCAGGAGAUGUGA